AACUCAAGUAACACCAAUACAUGUUCAAUGGGUUUCCCUAGUUUGGCUAACUUCCUGUGGAUAAGAGUGGAGUAAGCGGAAUCAGAUAUUUCACUUCUUCCUUCUUUUGAAAUAUUGUUUCCCCCGGCACCCCAUCAUUCCUUAUAUGUUCUUCUUUUUCUCAUACUCCACACUGUCACAUAGUACCGGAGAGGACAAGACACAAAAGAUGAACAGCUCACUAGCCAAUGUCUCCUUCAAGUGCGUCAGGGAUUACAGCGUGACUUCAGUGGUGUUUCCCUCCCUGUACAGCGUCCUCUUUAUAGUCGCCCUGGUGCUUAAUUUUGGAGCAGCAUGGAUCUUCUUCAGCAUUCCGAGCAAGUCAACAUUCAUGGUUUUUCUAAAGAAUGUGGUGGUGGCUGAUGUGUUAAUGACGUUGACCAUCCCCCUGAAAGCCCUAACAGACGCUGGUGUGGGCUCAGGUUCACUGCGGGCCUUCCACUGCCGUUACUCGGCUGUACUCUUCUACACCACCAUGUACAUCAGCAUCAUCCUGCUCGGCCUCAUCAGCCUUGACCGCUACCUGAAGAUAGUCCGGCCCUUCGGAAAGGGUGCCUUGCAGCGUGUCUGGGUCGGCAAGCUGCUGAGUGCCUCUGUGUGGAUAGGCAUGUUGUCUUUAGCGCUUCCCAAUGUGAUUCUAAGCAACCAGCCACCACGCUACUCUAACGGACGAGUCAAGUGCACCUCCAUGAAGAGCCAGGCCGGCUUGUUCUGGCAUGAAGGAUUCAUCUAUUUCUGUGAGGUGAUCUUCUGGGGAACGCUGGCCCUGAUGGUGUUCUGCUACACGUUCAUCAGCAAGAAGGUCUAUGAGUCAUACAAAGCCUCAAAGAGCAGCUCUCAGGCAGCCACCCGCCGAACCAAAGCAAAAGUCUUUGUUGUGGUCGCUGUCUUCUUCAUCUGUUUCGCCCCCUACCACUUUGCACGAGUUCCUUACACUCUGACGCAGACUAGCAAUGCCAUCAGCCACUGUCGGACGAAGAACGCCCUUUUCGUCGCCAAGGAAGCCACACUUUGGCUGUCGGCCUCCAAUGUGUGUCUGGACCCACUUAUUUAUGUGUUCCUGUGCAGUGUGUUCAGGAGGAGACUCAGAGCCACGCUCAGACGCAAGCCCCUGCCUAAGGGAGACUCCCCCACUGCCACAUCCACGCAGCUGGAGAUGUCGCAGAUUGCAAAUAACAACCGAGUUGUACAAGCUAGCCCACCAAAAUAACACACUGGAGUGAUCUAAUUAUAAUAUUUGAUAUUUGAUUGAUAAUUAGAUAGUGCUUGUAAAACGGUGAGAAACUUUAAAAACGAUUGGUCAAAUGUUAGAAAUGUUGUCCAGUUCUGAUAAGACUGCUACUAUGGCAACAUCAAUGGCUAAUAUUACAGCUUCUGAGAUGGCAUUGCUUACAAGCUUUUAAUUUAACUUAUGCAAUGUCUAAACCAUGCCAGAAAACAUGUCUUAAAGCAAGAGUUGAUUUUUUUCCACUCAAGACUUGGAAGGAACCAAGGUGAAUAGCCACCAUUUUCUUUUUUCAUAAACAAAGCUGACUAAACAGGACCAGAAGUGCAGUGUUGUUGGAGGCACACGUCAGCGUCUGAUUGCUAACAUAUAAACAGAGUACAGUAUAUAUUGUUGGGCUGUAGCAGUCACAAGCCUAGCCACCACAGCCAUACUUCCAUUGGGCAAAACAUAGCAGGGACUGACAGUGCGAGCUGUGGCUUAUUUGCAUGAGAUAGGGUAGCACUGUCAUUUUUUCUUUGCUAAGACACCUCUAAACCUUUCUAGUUUGUGGGAGAAUGGCAAACCACAGAGACAAUACAGAAGCUUAAAGGAAACAAUGUCACUGCAGCUGAUCAUGACAUUGCAGCAAUGACCGCACUGUUCCUGCCAAACAAUGUCGUCAACUUCCUGAUCUCUAACUUACUUAAACGUAUACUUUUCCACUGUAAACUCAAAUGCAAACAUUUAGUUUGCACUUAUGCACACGUGUACUGCUUGGACUAAAGUUGAGAAAAAAUGUUUUUAUAUUUUAAAUGUUUUUUUAUGUUUCAUUAAGGAUAUAAUAUUUUCUGUUGCAUUUUAGCAUGAUUGCACAAUACAUGCUUGAUUUACUCAUUGAGGUGGAUUAAUUGAUUGAUUGAUUGAUUUUCACUAAACUGUACACAAACUCUGGAGAUAGUUUGAGUAAUGCCUGGAAUCCAGUGGCUGUGACAUACAACUGUACUGAUAAUUGGGCCAAUUUUGAACAUUUUUCCCUUUUUCCGAUCAAUGUUGUCAAAAGCCAGGUUUACAGAUGCCUCUGAAAUAUUAUGAUUAGCACUUAUCCACUGGUUUGGGGAGUGUCAAGAAUGAUUUUUUCUUUACUUGUAAAUGUUAAACCUGUUCAGUAUUUGCAGUGGCAAAUUGUCUUGUGCAUAGUCACCACGAUUUUCAGGUUAGGGUUAGGGAUUCUUAUGUCAAUUAUCUCAACAUAUCCAAUUUGAAUAAAAAUAAAUAAAUGUAAUUAAGUUUUUUUUUAAGUAACCUGUGUUAUUCUACAUGUAUUGAACAUACAGUAUAUGUCAUGUACUGUACCAUAGUUCCUCACAAAAGACGUAAGUGGGGCACACAGUACACACAAUCGUGUCAAAUAUGAGCAUUUUCUCUGCCUUGUGAUCGGCAUGAUCGUGGGAUGUCUCUAAAAGACCAAGAUCAGUAAAAAUUAAACAGGACAAUCUAC